CAAAAUGGCGGCCGCCACGACAAAGAUAAAUACUAAAGUAGAAGACACAAAUGUUACGCUGGAAGAUCAACAAUGUAUUAAUACAUUUGCUCGCAAGAAUGGCCGACUACUAGAAAUCAAGGCUGACAUAGAAGAAAAGAAGAAAAGUCUCAGGAAUAUUGAAGAUGCUUGUGAUGAACUUCUCAUGCUGGAUGAUGAUUCUACAAUUCCCUACAAAAUUGGUGAAGUUUUUGUUAACUUAUCCUCUGAUGAAGUACAAAGUAUGUUGGAGAAAGAAAAAGAAAAAACAGAAGAAGAAAUAAAAGGAUGUGAAGAUCAAUGUACUAGCAUACAAGAAGUUUUAGAUGAUCUUAAAGUCCGACUUUAUGCCAAGUUUGGAAAGAAUAUCAACCUUGAUGCUGAUGAUGAUUAACUUUGUUUUAAUCGUAUGAAGCAUGGCAGCUUUGCAAUGAAAAAAAAAAAAGAACAAUGAUGUGUAUUUCAAUGCUCUCAAACACUAAACUGUGUUUUUCUGUGUUUGUCUCACUCUUAGCCAUUCAUAUGGAAAUGAUUAGCAAAAAUUAUUUCCAUAUUUUGAUAGAUUCAAUCAUUCCCAAUUUGAAAUCAACAACACCAAAAAUACAAUUAUGGAUUAAGAGUGUGGUAUUUCUUUAWAAGUGUUURGAAUGAAUACAAAGUUCAA